AUGUUAGCUGUGCAGCCUGACAGCAGCAGUUGCUCUAUUUCAGCGACUAAUUUUGGAUCGAAAAAGUAUGAUCGCAGCCUUAGGGCGUUCUUCUUUCAGACUACUCCACACCGAAGUCGUCCGCUUGAUAGGACUCACACGCGGAGAAAACGUCGAUCAGACCAGAAUGAAGUUGCAGAACCGAAAUCAACGGAUUCUCAAGGAAGUAUGUCCAUGGAAGAGGGACUUGCUUUAGGAAGAGCAUCACUUGUGAAACUACGGCAGCGCUUACGCAGUGAAGGUGAUGCGAAGGAUAGCUGCAACGAAAGAACAUUGACAACAGUUCCUUGUAUGCCAAACUUGACACCAAUUCCACGGACACCCUCGAGAAUAGCAAAUGAUAUUAUCAUCACUCCUUCAUUGGUGCGGACUCAACCACCGUCCACAUUUUCCACUAGCACUCCAAAAAGAUCAGGCAUCGUGUCCGCUACACCACUGAAACGGUUUCGUACCAUGAACGAUAACCCCGGAAAAGCAGAAUACUCGCCGAAAGAGAAAAUCCCGCGCACCCAAAGCAUGAACAUCACCAACGAUGGAAGCGAUGACGAUUCCUUCUUAGACGACAUAUUUAUGCCAUUUUCCAAUCCAAACCAGUUUACUCAAAUGCUAAAGCAAAAUGCUCCCAGUAGCAAGAAAUAA